UUCAUCAUUUCUUUUCCAUCUAUUUUCCAUUAACAAUAUGAAUAUUCCAAGUUUCAAAUUUCAAGUUUUAUAUAAUCAACAUAACUAUUUAACAGCUUUAAGGUUCUUAAUAUAAUUACCACACAUCCUAAUUAAAACAUAUUUUUACCUUGUUGACAAUUUCUGAAAUUUUUGAGAUUCUGAAUGACUAACCUACGGUGUUUUGCAUUUGCAGAUGGGCCUUGACAGCAAAGAUUUCCCCUAGUGCUACGUUGGAUUAUUUCUUUGAAAUUCCUGGAAAUGAUGAGAGUUCAACUCAGGAGCGAUGCGAUCUGCACUCUUUGCCUGGGGGUAGCUCUUUUCACCAUGCUCUAUUCCCAACUGGGCCACACAUCGCACAGAGAGGAAAAAGCAGGAGGCCAGAAAAAGACCUCAACCGCAACUCACAGGAAUUUGCGCCUUCCCGUUUUCCAGAAAGAGUCAAACGUCGAGAGUCACGUGUUGCAGCCUAGAAUUAUCUCGCCUAUGAAAGAUGCCAUGUUGGAAAUCGAGGAAGACGAAGUCACACAACCGGCCCUCCUGACUCAUUCCAACUUUGAUUUCAGGCUUUACCUAAGGAACAAGGACAAUAGGAAAUUCAACCUUCUUAUUAAUCAGCCGAAGAAGUGCACGAAAAGCUCAGAGCGGCCUUUUUUGCUCGUUGCCAUAAAAUCGCUGGUUGAGGAGUUCGACCGCCGUGAAAUCGUGCGCAAAACUUGGGGGAGGGAAGGCCUGGUGAACGGAAUGCAGGUCCAAAGAGUUUUCCUCCUAGGAGUUCCCAAGAACAAGACGACGUUGCCAACUUGGGAGAUUCUGGUCCGUCAAGAGAGCCAACUAUACCGGGACAUUUUGCUGUGGGACUUUCUGGAUACUUUCUUCAACUUGACCUUGAAAGAGAUCCAUUUCCUAAGCUGGGCAGAUGAAUUUUGUUCCAGGACCAAGUUCAUAUUCAAAGGUGAUGCUGAUGUUUUCGUCAACAUGGAGAACAUUGUCAACUUCCUGGAAAGCUGCAAUCCUUCCGAGGACCUCUUCGUCGGGGACAUCAUCUACAAUGCCCAACCGAUCCGAAUCCGGAAAAGCAAGUACUAUAUUCCAGAAACGAUGUAUGGGCUAGGCAUGUACCCAGCCUAUGCCGGGGGAGGUGGGUUCUUGUUGUCCAUUAGCACCUUGAAGAAACUUGCUCAAGCUUGCACUCAAGUGGAACUCUUCCCCAUCGAUGACGUCUUCUUGGGCAUGUGCUUGCAACGGAUCAACCUGAAGCCCGUCUUGCAUGAAGGGUUCAAGACGUUUGGAAUACCCCAACCUUCUGCAGCUCCCAAUCUGCAGACUUUUGAUCCUUGUUUCUAUAAAGACCUGAUGGUCGUCCAUGGUCUGAAGAUAGCUGAAAUCUGGCUAAUGUGGAAUCUCCUCCACAACCCACGUCUCUCUUGCACCCAGAACAAGCAAAUAAGGAAAGCUUUCCGAUGGAAGAAGACUAAAGACAUGGUCAAAAAUUAUGGUGCCUAAGGGUUGGUGGACACCAUGACUGGGUUUCUACAAGGAUGUUGAACCAUUCAUUUUUUUCGGAGUCCACUCAGUACACUCAAGCAGAAACCAUGUGCUAACCCACAAACCAAUAAACCAGUGGUGGGAUUCAGCCGGUCCGCAACUAUUCGGGAGAACCGGUUGUUAACUUC